UUCAGAUGCCGCUAUAAUGUUCAGUCAGUCGAUGUGAACUGCGACACGCGCGCGCGUCGCUUUUCGCGCUCUUGUUUUAUCUACGUCCGUUGGCGUCCUUUGAGCGCAUUUGUUUCGUUGUAACACAACAAGAUAUUUUUAAUUAAUAAAAACACAAUUACGAGAAUAAAAAGAGACUAAUUAAAAUACGACAUGUGAUAUGUUUUUUGACUUGAAUGCAUUUGAAAUUGAAUGCAGUUUAAAUUAAUACCUUGACAUAGUUUAUUAAGUGUAAGUGAAUUAAAUAUUUAAUGCAAUGUCGAAGAAGCAAGUGACUUCGGAAUUCAAGUCGAACGAGACAUGGAGGAUACUGAAGAACGUUGUCAUUAUCAGCAUCGCCUUUAUGGUUCAGUUCACAGCGUACAGUGGAGCAGCCAAUCUGCAAAGUUCGAUUAACGCCGAAGCAGGUCUGGGCACGGCCUCACUUGCCGCCGUGUACGCGGGUCUCAUCUUCUCUAACAUAUUUCUACCAGUUAUUGUUAUAAAAUGGCUGGGCACGAAGUGGGCGAUGGCAUUAUCCUUCGUAACUUACAUGCCGUACAUCGCAGCACAGUUGCUGCCGCGCUUCUGGACCCUCAUCCCAGCCGGGCUCUUCGUCGGCUUCGGCGGCGGCCCGCUCUGGUGUUCCAAGUGCACAUAUUUAUCCGUCGUUUCAGAAGCGCACAGCAAGAUAUCUAACAUUUCAGCGGAGGCGCUGCUCACGCGGUUCCUUGGAUUAUUCUUCAUGAUAUUCCAGUUGAACCAAGUCUGGGGGAAUCUCAUCUCUUCUUUAGUUCUCUCGUCAGGUGACAAUGAGGCGGCGGUGACCGCGCUUAAUGAGUCCUUGAUUCCGGAGCUGUGCGGUGCCAAUUUCCUGCCUAGCGCGGACGCGGGCGACGCGCUACAGCCACAGCCGCCGGAGAAGAUACAGAUGAUUGUUGGGAUAUACUUGGCAUGUAUGGCCGGUGCUGCUCUUAUUGUUGCUGUUGGCGUGGAUUCUAUGAAAAGAUAUGACACCGGGCGCUCCGGCUCGGGCACGGGGCAUUCCGGCAUGGCGCUGCUAGUUGUAACGCUCAAGUUGCUCAUAGAACCCAACCAGUUGAUGCUUGUCACUAUCAACGUCUUCAUUGGUUUACAACAGGCAUUCUUUGGUGCUGAUUUUACCGCUGCAUUUGUAUCGUGUGCCAUCGGCACUGGUACUGUGGGUUUCGUCAUGAUGACGUAUGGAGUAGCUGACGCGAUCGGCUGCGUUGUUACUGGAUAUAUUGCUAAGGUAACUGGUCGCCUACCGUUGCUUUGCACAGCGGCAAUAGUCCAGGCUGGGCUUUUUAUGUCUAUCCUAACAUGGCGGCCGCAUCCCAGCGAGGAAUAUGUUCUCUAUAUUAUAGCUAUACUCUGGGGAUUGUGUGACUCCGUUUGGAUCGUACAAAUUAACGCCUAUUACGGGAUCUUGUUCCCGGGCAGAGAAGAGGCGGCGUUCUCAAACUUUAGACUCUGGGAGUCUGUGGGAUAUAUCAUUGCUUACGUGAUAUCUCCAUACUUAAGGACAAGUGCCAAGACUUACCUGCUGAUUGUGAUGAUGAUCAUUGGUAUCGCUCUCUACUUCGUCGUCGAGUUCAGAGAUAGAAAAGCGAAGAAGAAGUUAGAUGAGAAGAAGAAGGAUCUUUAUACUAUUGGUUGUGAUAAUAUUGCCUUUCAAAAUAUCGAAUAA